AUGGCUUCCACUUCUACACCAUUCAUCCAGAAAACCUUCAGGGACGCAUGUGUGAGAGACUUUUGUUUCAGUGCAAUCCCUCGUCAGCAACAGAGGGAAGCCAGUGGAGAGAAGCCCUGGAAAGAAGCUGUGGACAGGGCCUCGUUUGUGACCAGCUGCAGCUUCUACUUAUCAGGGCUGCCUUCAUCCAGGAGGGAGGUUGGGGAAGACUUGCCAGCCACCUCAGAGCUUCUCCAGCUCCAGGCCCCUCUCGACACUGAGGAGCCACACAGUGGCAGUGAGAUUUCCCAGAAAUUUCUCAGUGGAAAAGGUCAUAACCAGUGGGAUCAAUGUGAAAAUGCAGCCAGCCAUAACCAGAAAGUUGUUCAACAGAGCGUCUGUUCUGGAGAAGUGAACGAUGAAUGGAACAAAUCCAGAAAAAUUUUUAGAGGAAUCUCUAACCUCAUUCGACAUACGAAAGUUCACAGUGGAGAAAAGCCAUAUGAGUGUAGUGAUAGUGGGAAGGCCUUCGGAUAUAAGACUAACCUCAAUCAAUACCACAGACUUCACAUUGGUGAAAAGCCCUAUGUGUGUAGUGAGUGUGGGAAGUCAUUUAGGUAUACCUCUGUACUUAAUCAGCACCAUAGAGUUCACACUGGGGAAAAGCCAUAUGAGUGUAAUGAUUGUGGCAAGACUUUCAGUCAUAGGUCCAACCUCACUGAACAUCAGAGAGUUCACACUGGAGAAAAACCGUAUGAGUGCAGUGAAUGUGGGAAAUCUUUUAAAUGCCAUGGUCACCUUUUUAAGCACAGGAGAAUUCACACAGGAGAAAAACCUUAUGAGUGCAGUGAAUGUGGGAAAUCUUUCAGGUGCCAUAGUCACCUGUAUACCCAUAGGAGUAUUCACACUGGAGAAAAGCCCUAUGUGUGUCGUGAGUGUGGGAAGUCAUUUAGGUAUAUCUCUGUUCUUAAUCAGCACCAGAGAGUUCACACUGGGGAAAAGCCAUAUGAGUGUACUAAUUGUGGCAAGACUUUCAGUCAUAGGUCCAACCUCACUGAACACCAGAGAGUUCACACUGGAGAAAAACCUUAUGAAUGCAGUGAAUGUGGGAAAUCUUUUAGAUGCCAUGGUAACCUAUUUGCCCACAGGAGAAUUCACACUGGAGAAAAACCUUAUGAGUGUAGUGAAUGUGGACAGUCCUUCAGACAUAGAAAUACCCUUACUAAGCACCAGGGAGUUCACACUGGAGAAAAACCUUAUGAGUGUACUGAAUGUGCGCAGUCCUUCAGACAUAGAAAUACCCUUACUAAGCACCAGAGAGUUCACACUGGAGAAAAACCUUAUGAGUGUAGUGAAUGUGGGAAGUCCUUCAGACGAAGGCAUUCCCUCACUGAACACCAGAGAAUUCACACUGGAGAAAAACCUUAUGAAUGCAGUGAAUGUGGGAAAUUUUUUAGAUGCCAUAGUAACCUUUUUGCACACAAGAGAGUUCACACAGGAGAAAGGCCUCAUGAGUGUAUUGAAUGUGGGAAAUCUUUUAGCCAAAAAUCUCACCUCCUUAGACACCUGAUUGUUCACAAUGGAGAAAAGCUUUAAAUGUGCACCAAAUACUUUCUUUUGCUCAUUGACA